CACAAUUGUAAGCAAGGUGAGUGAGUAUCCAACUGAACAAGAAUGCGACCGCGGACAACUCAUUACACGUGUAGCAAACGUCGAACAUUUACAAAAUCAGCAUAAUAUACCCACCCACAAUUGUGUCGCCAUUUUUGCCAAGUGAAGAAGUGAAGCAGUUUGUAUCUAAAAAUGUCCACUUUUCAUUCACUCAUUCAUUUUCUAUACCGCUUAUCCUCACGAGGGCCACUUUUUUAUCUCAUUAUUACGACUCAUAUUACUUUUAAACUCGUGAUUUUUACUUUCUUAUUUCAUAAUUUCGACUUUUUAUCUCGUAAUUAUGACUUACCAUUUGGAUAACUUUUUUUCAGUGGCGGAAAUUGCAUUGACAUCAGUAGAAAAUGCACAAACCUCAUUAUCUGAACCUCUGGUCUCGUUUAACACAAUAAUACAACAUUGUAACAAUAACUUAAUUUAUAGGUCCCCUUUACAUUACGUUUGAUCAAAUUAGGUUCACUUUGUUGUCAGUAUUUCUGCUUCUGUUUCAUUUCUGUGCAGUUUUACUACAGCUAUCAUGGGUUUUAAAUAAUUGUUUAUCAUUUUAUAUAUAAAUACUUAUUAUAUUACAAGUAUAUUAAUUAUUUGUAGCAAUAUUCGUAUUACAGAAUAAGUAGUAUCCAUGACUGCUGUCUCUUUAACGGGGCAGGCGGGGGCGCACAGCCCAAGUAAGCGCGGGCUGUUUCCGCAUCUGGACCCCCCCUCUCGCCUCUCCUUCCCCCUCCUUUUCCUCAGAACCGGACCAGGACAACCGCCAAGCCGCCAUCGGGACUGCUUUUUCCACCAUGAGAGACUACACGUCCACUCCAAGCCAUGGCGGCUCUUGCAUGGCCUGCUGCCAAGUUUGUGUCUUCUUCUUCACUGCGGUCCUCAUUGUCGCAGAGAGGACGGCGCUGAUCUACUGUUUUGUGUACUAUCUGUGGGUGGGCCAUAACUACUGCUACGCCCAUCUGGCUGGCUUCACUGCACUCUUCCUGCUUCCAGGGUGGGGUCCCCAGUGGCUCAGUUACUUGUGGUAUCUUUCCGAUGGACGAAUACGCAGAAAGUCUCUCACCUGGACCCACAUACUGCAUCUGGGUAUCUUCAAAAGGCUGUGGGAGUGCAUGCGUCUUCCAGAUAUGGAUGUUUAUGGAGAGAUCAUGCAGCAGGCUGACGUGUCUGCGUUACGCAUGUUGGAAGCCUUGGUGGUCACCCUACCUGAGACUCUGCUGCACACCUACGUCCUCAUCUGCACUGAUAUAGGAGUCAAAUCUCCAGCCUCAGUGUGUUUCGCUGUAUGUUUGGUAUCUCUGGCCUGGGCGUUGGUCCUCUACGCCCGAGCGUGCUACCUCAUCAGACCGGGACAUCUACAUAUGACCCCCGCUGGCAUUCUUUGUCGACUACUUUGGAGGGUCAGUAUGUUGGGGUCUCGAUUUGGUGUUCUUAUGCUUUUCACACGGGUCUUCAAACAGUGGGUUCUUGGCGUUAUAGGUGUGCACUGGUUGGGGGCAACGUUUUGGAUGGUGUCUCAGCAGACUGACAUCAUACGUUCAACCAGUCGAUGGAGAGUCUUCAAUCUGAUCCUUGGUGCCAUUCACAUCUUCUUCUUCCUCAAUGUGAAGUACGGUCAAUCCCGCUACCGCAUGGCUGGGUUCUACCUGGUCAUGUUUUUAGAGAAUAUUUUUCUGCUGCUGGCCUCCUCCUGGUUGUUCAGCAUGGUGUCAUGGGAUACCGUAGGCAUUCCUCUGGCAGUCUUCUGCAGCUUCCUUAUUGGUGUGAUUGCGGUGGUGCUCUACUAUCGUUUCCUCCACCCAAAGUCCUUCGAGAUCUUUCAGAGUAUCCGUCGCAGAGGGAUCAGUGGAGCAUGCAUGGAGCGUGGCUCCAUGCUGUCUUUGGAGGAGAAAGUCACGCCUACUUUUCAUCGCCAUGCAACACUCUCUGGGGGCGGUACCCUCAUGGACCUCCCUCAUCAGUGGGAAGGGUGGAGGCAUCAUCACUGGCUGCUGAUUCGUUUGGCUCUCAAGACGGGGGACAUAGCCAAGAUCUGGUCUGCCUACGGAGAAGGUGGUCUUGCGGGACUCAUGGGUCUGUCUGAAGAACUUCACUACGGUGACGAGCCCCGACGUUUUCCUCAGGCUCCACGUGUUGUUCCUCAGAUAUCACAGCCAGCGCCCCAGCUACCCCCACCACAGGUGACCCCAGCUCCACAGGAGAGAGAGGUGGCCCCACCACCCAAGCCAGCUCUCACCAAUGUCAUCGCCAGACCUGUGAGAAAAGCUCCUCCCACAACAAUCAAAGAUAUUAAACUGGUUCCAGAGAUCAUCCCAGUGCAGGAGGCCAUUUUGGAAGAGGCCACAGAAGAGUCUAGUGCUCCAGCAUCAGAGGAAAAAGGGGAUGAAGAGUUUCAGAGCGCAGUGUACGGCUCUCCGACACUGUCAUCGCCUUACCAACCAGGUAGCUUGCCACACGUCGACAGCAAUGCCGCCACGCUGACCGAGAAGUCGUCCUCUGCGGCUUCUUUGGACAUCAAGACCCCAGGCUGGUCACCCGAACGUCGCUCCCCCCUCCUGCUCAGCUCCCCGGAAAAGAAAGCAUCCACCUCCUUAGAUCCCAACACUACGUUGUAUUUCAGCGCGGAUGCACCCUCUCCCUCCACAGGGAGCUAUCUGGGCUGGGGGUCUGAGUUGUCGCCCAUCUCCACCUACAGAAGCCCCUACCGGAUUAGGGAGGCCCGAUUCAUCACGUCUACCCCACGCCUGGAGUCUCGAGUUGGGACAGAGAGUCCGGGUCUUGCUCCAGUUGUUGUCAUCCCCGCCACUCCAGGUACAACUCCACGUGCCACCCCUAGUGGGACCCCUGGUUCUAUGACCCCGGCGGCCUCUACGCCCACCGCCUCCACACCUGGUGCUGCAACCCCUAGUGGUGCCAGUACACCUGGCACCCCUGUAGUUCCACUCACUCCAGUCAUCUCCCAUGCCCGUAAACAGAUAGUCCAGUUUGUGGACAGCAGAGAAAGGGCUGUGUAAAGAGGCUGGAGGCUGUUCUUUUAACUUUGGAGGUGGGUUUAAGGGGCACUCACCUGCCACAACAUUAGGUACGCUUCACAAAUUGUGGUAUUUUGGUACUUGAGAUGGACAGCAUAUUAGAGACAGUUCUCAGUAUGAUGCUUUGUCACUCAAAACUGAGCAUCGUUCUUCUUGUUAAUUAUGGUGUACCUAAUGAAGUGUCCAGUGAGUGUAUAGUCACGUUAUGUUGUGAUGCAAAAUAGCACUUUUUCUCCCUGAUUAUCGAUAAAUUGUGUUUGGGUGGGGAACAUUUAACAAUAUUUUCCCCAGGCUUGUAUCAGUAACUCAGAUUCACGUUUAAACUUAACAAGCAAAAUCAUAAAUCAAAAAGGUAAUUAGAUAGAAUACCCUGUCUAAAACAUUAUGAUGUUAUUUCAAAGACGAUUUUUUGUAAAUAGGGUAGAAAAUCAGUUUACAUUAAAUACCAGGUACAUGGGUCCAUUAUUUAUUACUAUCUCUUUUCUAAACCACUUAUAAAUUCUUAUUUAUACACAAUACCAGUUCAAAGUUGGUCACACAUUCAUAUUAAAAAAAUAUUGUUAGCCAACGUUAACCCUGAAAGGAGUUCAAGUGUAACUUUUAAUCAUUGCUAUUUAUUGGGAGUUGCCAAAGUACUGUAGCAGUUGUUUCAGUGUAUUGCGUACAUCUCUGGUUUUCAAAAUGUGAGCCUCCCAUAAUUCCCGUCCCCUAUGUAAUAACACACUAAAUCAGGGGUGUCCAAAGUUCAGAACGGGGGGAUAUUUCCGGCCUAGUGAAAUAGCUCUCGAAAAAGUUGAACUAUUAAAUGUACUAACACUAGUGAACACUUGCUUUGUUAACACCAAACUGAGAUGCUGUCAGAUAUAUUUUAAAAUGUAUUUAACUGCUUAGCAUGUAUCUUGACCUCUCUUCACCAAUCCUUUAUUUUUCCAAAGUUCAGUGCCGUCCCACUUUGAAAACCGUUGGUGUAAAUGAUACUCUAUGUCGCAUUGCAUGGGAAUCAAGCGAUAAGGACAUAAAUCAUAACACUUUCAGUUUUGUGUUUACUUGUGCUACUGUUUGCAUCUUAUUUCACUGUUUCCGCAAUUGGAAGCCAGUCGUAAUAUAGAAAUGUUUUUAUUACUAUGUGCUUGAUUUUAUUGUUCAAAUGAAUCUUAUGUUUAUGUUUGACAUUAGUCAUGGACAUUGGAAUACCACAGAGUAAUGAACCUGUAUAGAGAACGACAUUAACCAUAUUUAAUCAUGGAACAGGAAGUGGAGAGGGGUUUUAGUUUUAGUGAAAUAUCGGUGGAAAUAGAGAUGAAAAUACACAUCUAGUCACAUUUAAAAGUGGUACAUCCUCCAACAGCACUUCAGAGUACUGUAUAUAGUGAAAAGUUAUAUGGAGCAAAUGUAGCAAGAUAAAAAAAAUAUCCAGUAUGUAAUUGAAAUGAGAGAAUAUCUGCAUGCUUGUUCAUCAGCAAGCCAGAGGAACACAUGCACCUGCUGCACACAUUGUAGUAGACAUUGCACACGCUUGAAUGUGAGCACAACAGCAAUAAAGCCGCUAAUGACAUGUAUCUUUGUGCACUAAUGGGAAAUAUGCACGCUUUAGAAUGGGAGAUUUAUUGGCUUUCUCAUCAUGAGUUGGUGCUUUUUGGCAGCCAUGAUUGUUUGUGUGUGUGUAUGCGCAUUUCCUCUGAGUAGCCCACAAAGCACUGAGCUCUAUUGUGAUAUUGUCUGAUUUUGUACAUAUUAUUUUCUUCCUUAAUUCAGACACAGAGUUGUGUGGACAUAUAUGGUGCAGUAUGUCAAGGUAUUUUUGUUUGUUGUUUUCUGUAACAUCAUGUUAACUUCAUUUCUACAGAGAUUUACACAGCUGCUGCAUUUGGUGGUCCAGAGACACUAACUGUGCUGUUGAUGUGACAAAAUAAAGUCAU